GUGCGCUGGCAGGGGGAAGCUGAUCGUGGCAGAGCAGAGAUGGUGCGUAGCUCGCUGGGACGACUCUGUGGCCAGCCGUCUGUCACUUUUACCGGGGCUCAUUUGUCGUGACAUUACCGCGGAAUGGGAAAGACCGGAUUUAUAUUUUUGCACAGUUACACCGCAUGAAUGUGUCGCGUGAUGCGACCGAGAGGAGCUGCCUUCCGGGGGAAAUAUUUAUGGUUCGGGACGGUUUUGUUGGAGUAGCUAGUUGCUAGCGCUGGGCUAGCGACUGUGCUCGCUACUUGGGAACGUAUUUUGCAAGGAUGCUACGGUGGAUACGGCAGCAGCUGGGCUUUGAUCCCCCUCAUCAGAGUGAGACCAGGACGGUUUAUGUAGCAAACCGUUUCCCCCAGCAUGGCCACUACAUACCACAACGCUUUGCAGACAACAGAAUCAUCUCAUCCAAGUACACAAUUUGGAAUUUUGUCCCCAAGAAUCUGUUUGAGCAGUUCAGGAGGAUAGCCAACUUCUAUUUUCUCAUUAUCUUCCUUGUACAGUUAAUGAUAGAUACCCCAACUUCCCCAGUCACCAGCGGUCUGCCUCUUUUCUUUGUGAUCACAGUAACUGCCAUAAAACAGGGCUAUGAGGAUUGGCUGAGACACAAGGCUGACAACGAGGUGAAUGGGGCUCCAGUGUUUGUGGUUCGCAGUGGAAGUCUGGUCCAAACAAGAUCUAAGAACAUCAGGGUAGGGGACAUUGUUCGUGUGGCUAAAGAUGAAACGUUCCCUGCUGACCUGGUGUUGCUGUCAUCAGAUCGGGCAGACGGCACCUGUCACAUCACCACAGCCAGCCUCGAUGGAGAGACCAACCUCAAGACCCACUUCUCUGUGGCGGAGACUUCAGUUUGUCAGUCAGUGUCCCAGCUGGAGGCUCUGCAGGCUGUGGUGGAGUGUCAACAACCAGAAGCUGACCUGUACAGGUUUGUUGGUCGGAUUACGGUGACUCAGCAUGGGGAGGAGAUAGUCAGACCGCUGGGCCCAGAGAAUUUGUUGCUGCGUGGGGCCAGGUUGAAAAAUACCAAAGAGAUUUUCGGUGUGGCAGUUUACACAGGGAUGGAGUCCAAGAUGGCCCUCAACUAUAAGUGCAAGUCCCAGAAACGCUCUGCAGUGGAGAAGUCCAUGAAUACCUUCCUAAUCAUCUACCUGGGCAUCUUGCUGUUCGAGGCCGUCCUCAGCACCAUCCUGAAGUAUGCCUGGCAGGCUGAGGACAAAUGGGAUGAGCCUUUCUACAACCAAAAGACUGAGCAAGAGAGAAACAGCAGUCCGAUCUUGCAGUUCAUCUCAGACUUCUUGGCAUUUCUGGUCCUCUAUAACUUCAUCAUCCCCAUCUCACUGUACGUUACCGUGGAGAUGCAGAAGUUCCUGGGCUCCUUUUUCAUUGGCUGGGAUCUGGACCUUUACCACGAGGAAAGUGACCAGAAAGCUCAGGUCAACACCUCUGACCUCAAUGAGGAGCUGGGGCAGGUGGAGUAUGUUUUUACUGAUAAGACGGGUACCCUAACGGAAAAUGAGAUGCAGUUUCGUGAGUGUUCAAUUAAUGGAACCAAGUACCGGGAAGUUAACGGCAAACUGGUACCAGAAGGAAUGACUGACGAUUCACCAGAUGGCUCUACGCCUCACCUGAUCAGUGAGGAACUGCUAUUUCUCAAGGCGGUGUCAUUGUGUCACACAGUUCAGAUCAGCUACGACCAGCCAGACUGCCUGGUUGCAGCUGGAGACCCAUUCUCCCACGCUAAUGGUUUCUCCAAUCACAUGGAAUACUAUGCCUCUUCACCAGAUGAGAAAGCUUUAGUAGAGGCAGCAAAGAGAAUUGGAGUGGCCUUCACUGGCAGCAGUGGAGAUACAAUGGAAAUCAAAACAUUUGGCAAGUCAGAGAAGUAUAAACUGCUCCAUGUGUUAGAGUUUGAUGCUGACCGUAGGAGGAUGAGUGUCAUACUGCAGACUCCCUCAGGAGGCAAAGUGCUGUUCACCAAGGGAGCAGAGUCGGCCAUCUUGCCUUUCACUACCAGUGGUGAGAUAGAAAAGACAAGGCUGCACGUUGAUGAGUUUGCCCUGAAAGGUUUGCGGACCCUGGUGGUAGCAUGUCGCCAUUUCAGCCCAGAGGAGUACAUCGAUGUGGACAGGCGUCUGAACAGCGCCCGCACCGCGCUGCAGCAGAGGGAGGAGAGACUGCAGGAGGCCUUCAGCUACAUUGAGAGAGACCUACAGCUCCUGGGAGCAACAGGGGUGGAGGACAAACUCCAAGACAAAGUCCAGGAGACCAUUGAGGCAUUACGGCUGGCAGGGAUCAAAGUGUGGGUGCUGACAGGGGACAAACAUGAAACAGCGGUCAGCGUCAGCCUGUCCUGUGGCCACUUCCACAGAACCAUGAACAUCCUGGAGCUCCUGCAGCAGCGCUCUGACAACGAGUGUGCUGAGCAGCUCCGCAGGCUGGCCAGGAGGAUAAAAGAGGACCAUGUCAUACAGCAUGGAUUAGUUGUGGAUGGGGCCAGUCUGUCUUUAGCGUUGAGGGAACACGAGAAGCUCUUUAUGGAAGUGUGUAAAAACUGUUCAGCUGUGCUGUGCUGCCGCAUGGCCCCACUGCAGAAAGCUAAGGUGGUACGUCUUAUAAAAACAUCUCCAGAGAAACCCAUCACCUUAGCUAUUGGGGAUGGAGCCAAUGAUGUCAGUAUGAUACAGGAAGCCCAUGUGGGCAUAGGUAUCAUGGGGAAGGAGGGUCGUCAGGCCGUGAGAAACAGUGACUAUGCAAUUGCCAGGUUUAAGUUCCUGGCUAAACUCCUGCUGGUCCACGGUCACUUCUAUUACAUUCGAAUAGCUACGCUUGUACAGUACUUUUUCUACAAGAAUGUGUGUUUUAUCACGCCCCAGUUUUUAUACCAGUUCUUCUGUUUGUUUUCACAACAAACUCUGUACGACAGUGUUUACCUGACACUGUACAACAUCUGCUUUACCUCGCUGCCCAUCCUCGUGUACAGUCUGUUUGAACAGCUGGUCCAUCCGCACGUUCUGCAGAAUAAACCUGGCCUGUACAGGGACAUCAGCAAGAACUCUCUGCUGUCUUUUCGGACGUUCCUGUACUGGACUCUGUUGGGCUUCUGUCACGCCUUUGUCUUCUUCUUUGGAUCAUACAUCCUGAUGGGGGAAGACACUACACUCAUGGGCAAUGGACAGAUGUUUGGAAACUGGACUUUUGGAACGCUGGUCUUUACCGUCAUGGUCAUCACUGUCACAUUAAAGCUUGCUUUAGAGACUCAUUUCUGGACGUGGAUGAACCAUUUUGUGACAUGGGGUUCGAUUGCCUUCUACUUCAUCUUCUCUCUCUUCUAUGGAGGCAUCAUCUGGCCGUUCCUCCACACCCAGGACAUGUACUUUGUAUUUGUGCAGCUGCUGUCCAGUGGUUCAGCCUGGUUCGCUAUCAUCAUCAUCGUCAUAACUUGCCUCUUUCCUGAUGUGGUGAAGAAGGUCUUCUACAGACAUCUGCAGCCCACCAGCACCCAGAAGAGUCAGUCUCUAUCAGCCCCCCAGGCGCAGACCCUCAGCUGUAUGGAGUCCCUGUGCUGCUACCAACAUGGGCAGAGCGGCUGUUCCCGCCUGGCCCGCUUCCUGGAGCAAAUGACCGGGCAGUGCCAGGCCAGCGGCAACCAUUGCCACGCCAGCAACAACAGGUCUUGGAAUGACAUGGAGAACUUUUCCAACGAUCGCAGCAUCCUGACGCUGUCACCCAUCGAGGCCAGCCACAGCUGACUCCCCAGGAGCCACUGACUGUAACACACAGAGCUGGGUUACCGCUCCGCCAUGAGUCAUAAUCACACCCCCACACUCCUGCCACCAUCUUAUAAAUCUACUUAAGUUUAAAGUCAAUGCAGCUGGAUGCAAAGCGGACUCAAAUGAGAGUUGUCGCAUCAAUUGAAACCAAAGGACUCAGCUUGUAGCUGCAGGCUGCUUUAUCCUCCACCAGUUUGUGUCACAGUGUGGAUCAAUUCUUGAAAAGGAUGUCAGAUGGGAGCUGCGACAUGAAAGGAAAUGAAACAUGACGUGUGGAACGAGAACGAGUCAGCGCAGCAUGGAGCAGACAUCUGUGGGCCCAUUCCCAUAGAAAGAUCAAGUCAGCAUCUUCACAGCAACAAUUAUCAGAUUCCUGCUGCUAACAGAGCAUCUGUGAGUCCUGCAGAAUAAUCUGCAAACAUCAUAUUUCAAUUCAGUAAAGACACGUUGAGUCUUAAAUCAUCAGUCAGCUCCCAGGUGCUGUCCUCUGAGAUCAGACCAGUUUUAUGAACUCCCAUGCAACUAUUUCUAUAUUUCAUUUUCAGUACAGUUGCCAAACUUUUUUCUUGCAACUGGCAUUAAAUGACCCUAGAUAUUUAUAGACACAGAAUGAAGAUUCCUGAUAAUCUGGACUUUUUUUUGCUACAGAUAUUAGCUGCUGUCAGGCAUCACCCAGCUUGAAGCAUUGAAAGCCUGGUAACCUGACCAUUUUGGUUUGGUCGAGCUGGCGAUCCUCACCACAGGACUGCAGUGAUCUGACAACACCACAAACCAGCAUCAUCCAUGUAGCACCAGGAUAGCAGCUCAGCAGAAUCAGACUACAUUAGGAAUUACUCAGAGGUGCUGGCUAGCAGCUAACUCUCAUCAUCACAUUGUUUCCAUAUACUUCCAACCCGGGUGUCUCUUUGAACUAGCGGCCCUGCUGCUGCACCGUCAUUUCUCAUUCAGACUGAAAGGGAAAAAAGCUAGACCGCCCACAGUCCUGUAGCAUCCAGAGCCUCUGCUGAUCCAGCGGGUUCUGCCAACUCGUUUUCCUUCAGACCUACGGUACUCCCUCGAUACCGUACGUGGAGCUUCAGCUCUACUGUGGUACCAAAGACCAAAGGAUUCCGACUGGAGUUUAUCAGAAAAAAAGUGUUUAUUUUUGUGCCUGAUUGUACAGAAGCUUAUAUUGUUGUUAAGAAGACUAUUAUUAUUGUACGUGCUGCUUUCUCGUCCGACUGUUCAGGCCUCUGUCUCCCUGGUGCAUCGCUCUAAAGGAGGCCAGAUGGGGUCUGUUGAAAAAGCCAUACAUUUUCAAGUGGUUAUAUAUUGAUAGAUUAUUGAAGGUACUGCAGACAGAAGCUGUUUGAGUCUGUUGUUACUUUGUACUUGUUCCCUUUGAAUGCCUUCUCUCAUUCAGCCUGGUUUAGCAAAGGCAUCUCAGCAUUAACGAUAAUGAUGUCAGGGAAUAUUUUGAGGUAAUGAAAGUACUCAAUGUACUCAAUGCUGCAAAAUGCACCUAAUCAGGUUUUAUAACAUCUCUACAAACAGAAUCCGAGGUAGACUCAUCCCUCUUAGUUGCCUAAAAAUAUUCCUGGGGUAUCCGAUCAGAUAAUGGUGCUGUUUUGCUUUCAGUGAGACAAAAAUGGCUUUAAUGAUGAGAUGCUUUUCCAAAUCACAGCUGAUGCAUGUUGACCCAGACAGCAGAAUGUCUCUAUCUUUCCAGAGAUAGAUUUAUCAGAUAAAUAUGAUUCAGCUUCAACAGAGAUGAAAAGAAAAGCAGAGCGUUUGCACAAGUCACAUAUCAGAGAUCACUUUUUUGGUUGUUCUUUUGUUUCUCAAAUCAUUGCUCGUCUGUCACCAUGAAAUCAUCAGAAUCAUGUUUUUGCUGUUACGUUGUUCUUGCCAUGUGUGUUUCUAUCCACCUGUUGAUGAAGUGUGUGUGUGUGUGUGUUGGUGUGUUCCUCUGUAUGGCAGCCAUGUUGGUUGAAGGAAGUGCGGUACUUAGCUUUGUUGUAUGAUCUCAGUGCCCACAUGCUGCGGCCAGGUUAAAGGUCAAAUGUUUCUCUUUGUAUGCUCUACUUUCCUCCAAAAAAGAAAAGGUCAAAAGAGGUAAAAUUAGCCAAAUUGAGUCAGUUCUUAUUUUUAGGAGAAUCCAGUUGACUCCAGAAGGUGACUGAGAGCUGACAGAAGUGUAAGAGACAACCGUUUUAAACUUGACAUCAAGAACCACACAACAAUGACCAGUACAUGCCUCAGCUCACACAGGGAACAUUCAGAGUCAUAGGACGUUUCUGUUACACAGUGGUUACUGUGUGAAGAAGUACCAUUGUCCCUCAGCAGCUGGAAAUCUGACUUAUUCACAUUCUUGUCAGUUCAUUGAAUAUUCUUGAUAUUUUCUGUAUGGUACACGUAGUUUGAUGCAUACCUGGGCCUGUUCACACAGGAACAACUGACAAUGAAAGUGUCUAUUUAUUAUUGCAGUACAUUGUUUUCUUCUUUUUUUUUGUUUGACUUCUCUUACAUAUCAAAAUGGCUCCUGUAAAUGGCCAGAAUGCAGCAACUUCCUCAAGAUGUUGUACUUGAUCUUAGAUGUGUAAUCAGGAGGCUGAAUCUCUGUCUAAGCUCUUUUUGUGGCAGGUGCAGCUGGGAGCUGGCAGCUGCACUGCUUGAAAUAAACAGGAUGUCCGUAUGUUAUAGGACAUUUAAAAAGGACACUUCCAGUUAAAUCACUCCAUCCAGCAGAACAGAUACUGAUCAUCAUGAGAAAAAUCUUUAUCAUUAUUAUAAACUAGGUGUGUGGAAUUUGAAAAAUGACAAAGUUAGGACAUUUAACAGGCAGGGAAGGUCUAAUGAAAGAUGCUAUUAUGUGGCAUUAUGGGAAACAAGGGAUCCAGCACUAGGAGCUACCAGUGGGAACUUAGGUCUGAUUAUCUCAGCCUCUCUGCAUUAAUUUUGACAGCACUUGUUUUAAUCUUUCUUUCACAUGUCUUCUAACUUUAUGGAAGUGCAAUACUUAAUCCAGACUACCCCUUUAAUUCCUUAAAAAGAGGAGAAUUGUCAAAUUUGAUGCAGGAGACUCCAAAAUGUCCUAUCCUAAGGUCCUGAGUUCAGGUCACAAACACUGGACCCUACAAUUCCCAUAAUGCAACUCAGCUGCACCUUGUGUCAAACCCUCUGUUCCUCCAUGAUAAACACCACUGUCUUUCCAACUCCACACCCACAGUUUGUACCACAAGCUUUCUGACUCUCACAUGUUUUUCCAGUUCUAUCUUAAAACAGCACCCACAUGACCACCCAUUGAAACAGUUAUUGAUCGCUGUAAUUGCUCCUCUGUCCAAACCAGCUGUGAAGUGAUUCCUUCUCAGUUCUAGAGGCUUUCAGCUGCAGAGAAGGAAUGAUUACACAAAGCAAAAACUGUUUCUUUGUACAUAUGGACACCUGAUUGCUGUUUUAAGAUGGACUUUGAAAAAUUGUGAACUUAUCAUUUACUGUGUAAGACUGUAUCAGAGAACGGUGAUCAGGGCUGGGCGAUGUGGCUGACAUUAAUACACAAUGUUUUUCUGAUAUUGAUACAUAUGACAUGGAAGAUCUCAAAUCAAACCAAUUUUGUUAGUGUUAGCAAACUAUGUUUAGUUCAAAUAGCAACAGUAUUUUGUCAAAUGAUAAUUGUGACAUAACAUCAUGACUUGACUGAGCUAAAGGUCAGUAGCUGACCAUAUUGAAUCAUCACUUAGUCCUGCCACAGUCAGACAGGGAAAAAAAGAAAAGCAGUAUAUCCAUCCAGGGAGUGGAAACCAAAAUUAGAAAACUGUCCUCUCUGGGAGCAGCACUAACCUCAGUGUGUAGGAGCAUUUGGGGCAUCAGCGCUGUGACACUGCAGACUUUCUACAUGAUAUCAGAGCAGAUGGCAGAGGAGGGAAGAUGAGUCCUUCCUGGCCGAAGGCAGAUGGGGCUGAUCUGUGCUAGAAACACCUGUAGUGCUUGUGCAGUUCUGAUGCCCCCUUGUGGUCACCUACCAAAAUGAAAUAAAUAAGAGAUCAUAUUGAUAUCAAUUCAUGGGUAAUCAGAGUUAUACAAUAAGUGAGAUAAGUAGUACUUGAUUAAAGUAAAACAAAUAAUGAAAUAUGUUGAUGAUGACAAAAAUGCAAAAUGGAAAAAACCAAUGAUAAUAUUCACAUUUAAAAUGUCCUUUCUUCAGUCCGUUACAUAAGUAGGCUUGCCCUGUUUAUCUUGAUUGACAGAAAGACUUAUUUGAUUAAAAGGGACAUUACUAAAAAACUGGGGACACAAUUUGAGUCAUUUGGGGAAUAAAAACUUGAAAACUGAUGUGUUACUGUGAACAGAAGUCGGAUGAAGUGAAUUGAUAAUAAUGAGUUUAAAAAUUCUAUGGGAAUUAUUAAAAUUUUGUUGGUUAAAUAUUCAUAAUAUUGAACACCUGGUUUCUGUAGUUAUCUGUGUGGAGAGUUUAAAAAGUUUUAUCCAGACUGUCAGAUUUUUUUAAACAUAUCAAAUGUAAUUGGGCCCCAAAUGACACUAAUGUAAUAUUUUUUAACUGCUGUCUAUGCUGAAAACAAACGCCAUGUCUUUUCUUGAGAUCAAAUGUGACACUGAAAACAUCCAAGACCUGAUUCUCUGAAGCACGGCAGCACUGACGUCACCUGAGCGGGGUUUGGAUAUGAGGCCUCUGGGGGUAUUUCUAGAAGCAGAUUACUCAGCCACAUAAUUCAAAAAAUGAUUGUUUAAUAUUUUAUCACAGCAGGUGAUGAUCAUGUCAUCCAUCAGAAGUACCAUCCUAGUUUAAUUGGAUAUUUUAUUUAAGACACGAAGAGUCUAUGUCUACAGGCGUGAUUUUAAAUAUUCCUGCUUCUGGUCUUCUUGGUCCUGUAUUGAAUAUGUGUAAGACCAGCAUCAGCAGUACAUCUUUGUUGUCUGCUUGUGAAGCAUAAAAAUGGAACUCAAGACUUGUGUUUGGGUUCUCAGGUGGUUUUAACAUGAAACACAUUUAGAAAUGGUGACAGGUGACGUCAGUGCAGAGUACUCCCUUGAAAAAAACUCAGCCACUGUGUGCAGACCUGAAUCAAAUUAAGGCUUCCUUGAUCGAAUCAGCUAAAAACAGGGUUCUAAAUUAAAAUGUCAACCGAUCAGUUUUCUGCAGCAGAAUGUCCUGUGACUCAGCAUCGCCCAGUAAGACUCAAGGCUGCAGACCAUCAGUGCUGAACAAAAUCAUUUCUCUUCCCUCCUCUCAUCAGUAAGUCACACUUUACCUCCAAGACGAUUAAUAAACCACCAUCAUAACUCUUCUGUUGACUGAUAUCUGUUGCUCUGUCUGUCUGUCCCUCCUCCUCUUGUCUGUAAAUCUGUCUCAUAGCUGAUGUUUAUGAAGAUGCAGUUCUAUUUACGAAAUAAAUACGUUUUUAAGAAACAA